AUGGUGAACGUCGCCAUUGCCCUCCUCAUGAAUGCCGCGGUGAUGGCCGUGGCGGCCUUGCACGGCCUGCCGCUGUGGCUGAGCGUCGUCAUGGACAACGGCACUCUGCUCGUCGUCCUCGCGAACAGCCUGUGGCCGCUGUGCUGGCGCGUGGCCCCCGCCGCGGACCCCGCAGCGGCCCGGGCCGAGGCGAGCGGCGGCCGGGAGCGCUUCCUCGCCCGGGGCCGCAGCGACAGCGACGUGCUGCGCCGGCUGGAGGAGCUCCGGCGGGAGAGCAGGGCGGAGGCGGCGAGGGGCGCCGUGAAGCACGGGUGCCAGCGGAGUGCGACCUGCUGCGUCUAG